AUGAGCGGCUUGAAGGGGAUGGUCAAGGAUGGGUGGCAUCCCAAGGGCAAGGAGGGCGGCCGCGAGAGUUGGCGCGGCGAUUUCAAGGGCAUCAACCAGGUGGCCGGAUGGGUAGGAAAAGGCAAAAGCUCAGAUGCCAGCCAGCGGUCCGAGCAUGUUCCACGACCGCUGUCCACUCUAAAGGACCCAUCGUCUUUCGCACCACCUCCUAGACGCGCAAACACCGCCGGUGCGGCCUCGUAUACUCCUCCAGUCUCUUCACGGCAGCAUCAAGUUGAAGAGAGUGCUCCCGCACAGCCUGGCCCCCCGCCCGUGCCAUAUCGCGCCGACACCACGGGUCUCUCAACCCGCCACUUUCCUACGCCGCCAACCCGCCAGGGUGACUCGUCUCAUCAAGGCCAUAGCUCGACGGCGAAGACAAUGCCGUCCCUACCGCCCAGACUACCGCCCCGGAGAUCCUCCCCCAACCUUUCCCCACAAACAUCCCCGCCGCCAUACGAAGCUGUUGCAGCCCCCAAAAACGCAGAAUCGUACCUUAACCAAGGCGCCAUGAACCGCUUAGCCAAUGCCGGUGUCUCUGUCCCGGCGUUUGGUAUCCAGCGUCAGGGAAGCAGCAACUCUUACCUCCCUAAUACGGGCCGAACUGCCGCCAGUACCGAUAAUACAACAAACGAGCUACAGGCUCGGUUUUCACGUCUAAACCCAUCUCCCUCAUCGGCUAUCUCCUCUAUCCCCUCCAAUACGCCCAGUCCCAUACAAGGUGUCACUUCUCAGCAACUGCAAACAGCAGCCACGGCAGCUUCGCAUGUCGCGUCCCAACCGGCCGUCCAACAACACAUUUCGCACCAAACCUCCGCAAAUGAAUAUCAUCCAGGGCUUCCCGCACGGGCCAACAGUUUUCGGGAGCGCCAUGAUGAUCAAAUACAAGCCGUAAAAGGCAAACUCAAUGGCUUCAAUCAGAAAUAUGGUAUCACCAAACGGAUAAACGAUUUCAUUGAAGACCAAAAGUCUCCCGCUCAUCCGGACCCUCCAGCUCCUGCUCCACCGCCCGGACACGUCGCUGUCCAGGCACCUAGUCCACAUCACCCGUAUUCAUCCCCGAAUACUUCUCGGCCAGAUUUGGAUGCGCUCAACAAGAGAAAACCGCCUCCGCCACCGCCGCCGCCAAAGAAACCGUCUCUACAUUCAAGACCGGUCAAUCAUUCUCCGUCGCCGCCUCCGCUACCGUUGAAUACUAAACCGCGCUGA